AUGAAAUCUCAUGAUAGUUCAAGUUCUUCGGCUCCAAAUGAUAAUACGUCUCCUUCAAAUGCCAGUGCGUCUCUGGCUCCUCCCAAUGUUACCGUGACUCCUUCAAAUGUUAGUGUGUCUCUGAUUCCUUCAAAUGUUACCGUGACUCCUUCAAAUGCUAGUGUAUCUCCGACUCGAAGUGUCCCGUUAGAGGAAAAAGAAUUGAUUUACGAUGUUGAAAAACUUAAUCAUGAUCCUGCAAAAAGAGAUAGUAUAAUGAAAUAUCCUCCAAAUGAGCGAGAUGCAAAUGAAGUUGGACUUACUGCGGGGGGAGGUGCAUUUGUGAAUGAAGGAUUUAAGUCGUGGAAUAAGACGGACAGAUUUACGAAGCAUAUUGGUGGAGUAAAAAGUGCUCACAAUCUUGCUUAUGAGAAAUAUGUGAACUUAAGAGAUGGCAAAAAAAAGUCUAUUCUUGUUUCUCUUGAUAAUGCCACCGAGGUGACCAUAAAAGAAUAUGACAUUCGCUUGAAGGCUUCAAUUUCAUGUUUGCGUUAUCUACUGCGGCAAGGUUUGGGCUUUCGUGGACAUAGAGAAAAUAGUGAAUCCCUUAACAGAGGAAAUUUUCUUGAACUUUUGAAAUGGUUAAGGACACAUAAUGAAGUUGUUUCAAAAGUGACUUUGGAAAAUGCUCCUGAAAAUUGUCAAUUGAUAUCUCCAACUAUUCAAAAGGAUAUUAUCAAUUAUUGUGCUAAAGAAACAACUAAGCGAAUUGUGGAAGAACUUGGUGUUGACCAUUUUGCUAUAUUAGCUGAUGAAUCAAGUGAUGUGUCCCAAAAGGAACAAUUAUCUCUUUGCCUACGCUAUGGUCAAAGAAAAACGGGACAGGUAGUGGAAAGAUUCAUUGGUCUUGCUCAUGUUGAUGAUACCACAACUUUAUCUCUUAGAAGUGCAAUCAUAUCAUUGGUUAUUGAACAUUCAUCGAGUCCAUCUAAGAUUCGAGAACAAGGAUAUGAUGGGGCUAGUAACAUAAAGGGUGAAAUACAUGGAUUGAAAACUUUGAUUAUGGAAGAUACUCCAAGUGCUUACUACGUCCACUGCUUCGCCCACCAACUUCAACUGACUCUUGUAGCCAUUGCAAAAAAGAACGAUGAAUGUGCUUGGCUUUUUGAUACGAUUGCAAAUUUAUUAAAUGUUGUAGGAGUUUUUGCAAGAGACGAGAAUUGA